AAACUAGGAAUAUAUGAGCCUGUAAUUACGUAAUCCCUCUGGUAGACCCAUCGAAAACCUCUUUUGAUCCGUUUCCUCAGAAUUUUCACCCAGAUCCCAAUUUCUCGCUUCUCAUCGUCUCCGUUCUCUGAAAUGGCUUCUAAUGGGAGAUCUGCGGAGGCAGGAAAUGCAGAGAGCAGCUUGGAGAAGAUCAAGCGGCAGCUGACGUCAGGGUCGGGGAAAUAUUUGCUUCAGGGUCCUCUUUUGAAACGAUCAGAGACGCUAAGGAAAUGGAAUGAGCGUUGGGUGAUUCUAGAUCCAACUACAGGAAAAAUGGAGUACAAAAUUCGGAGAAAUGAACCAGGUAUUAAAGGAACCAUCAUGUUUGAUUCAAACAGCGUUAUCACAAAUUCACCAAUAAACUUCCAUGGUUUGCCAAAAUAUGAUGGCUGCUGUUUUUAUAUUGGAACACCACAGAAAAAGGAGUAUUUCUUCUGUGCAGAGACUCCUGGUGCUGCUAAAGCCUGGGUAUCCACUUUACAUGCCACACAGUUGGUACUGCGUGCUCAUAGGGAAGCAGUUAAUAACUUGAGUGGCAGUGGAUCUGCACAAUUAGGAACAGUUGCUACAGUUGUUGCAGCUGCUAACUCAACUGCAAUGGAGGCCUCAAAAGAAAUCGAAGCAGCCAUGAAGAUCUCCCUGCGAACUGCUCUGGGUUCGUUGACUACUAAGCCAAGUGAUGGUCAAUUAGAUGAUUUGACUAUUAUGAAGGAAACUCUUAGAGUUAAAGAUGAAGAACUACAUCAGUUAGCUAAGGAUAUUCGAGCUCGUGAUUCCACGAUAAAAGAUAUAACAGAUAAACUAUUGGAGACAGCGGAGGCUGCUGAAGCAGCUGCUUCUGCAGCUCAUGCAAUGAAUGAGGAGAGAAGACUUGCAUGUGCAGAUAUCGAGCGUCUAAGGAAGGAUGCAGAGAAGCACCACGAAAUUUUCCUGCUUAAGUUGAGAGAAUCUGAAGAAAAGGUUAAGAACCUUACAAUGGAACAAGAGCUGUUGCUAAAGCAGAGAGACUCUGCACUUCAGGAGGCACACAUGUGGCGCUCUGAGCUUGCAAAAGCUAGGGAACGAGCCGUGGUACUAGAAGCAGCUGUUGUGAGAGCUGAAGAAAGGGCCAGAAUAACUGAGGUGGACUCUGAGGCCAGAGUAAAGGAUGCUGUAGAGAAAUCAUUAGCAGCCAUAAAAGAAAAAGAGGAUCUCCUGGCUCUUGUUCAUAAGUUGCAAUCACAAGUACAGAGAUUCGGUAACACAAAGCAGGCUUUUGAAGAGAGAUCGGAGGCGCACUCCACCCCCGAUGACACUCUUCCAAUGACAAAGCAUGUCGACUUAUUGGAAGAUGAUGUCGAUAAAGCUUGCUUAAAUGAUCCCAGGCCACUUCCAGCUUCUUCCGAGAGUGAAAUACAACUUGGAGUUGAUGGAGUCGAUAUCCACUCUGUUGGUGAUGCCAACUGGGAUAAUUUCCAGUCUUCAGCUGCAAGAAUAGCCGAUGUGCGCGAGAUUUCUCCUGAAGCAGAAGGAAACAGCCUGGAUAUUUCUGUCGAUACCACUCGCAACAAUGAUACUCAACCUUGAUCAAGUGUUAACCAUGGACAAGUGGGAAAAGAAAAAUAGUCUUCUAAUUUGAGCUUAGAGGUUGAGAGCUGCGCAUAAAAAUAUGAUAAAUUAUAUGUUUUGUAUAGAGAAAUCACAAUUUGGUGAAGCUUUUAGCUUGUCAUGUGUAGUUAAUAA